UGGAAAACUGAGGGAGGCAAAAGAACUAAAGGAGCCAGAACAAGCAUCCUGUGGAGAAACCUUCAAGGCUAAACUUCUACCCUGCAUGCAGUCCACCUUUCUGGAUCUCUGAUUCCCAGGUGAGCGGGAGAUGCCGCGGUCAUUUUUGGUGAAGAAUAGGAAGGUUCGCUCUUACCAUCAUCGUGCAGUAGAUGACAGCGUCCUGGUGCCAAAGUGGGAUACAGGAACCUCAGCAGCGUUCUCUGCUGUUAUUUCUGGCGAUAGCAUCCCCGAAAAGAGCAAGGCCUUCCAGGCAGAUUAUCCACCAUGCUCUUCUCCAAAAGAACAGCAGGACUCCAAGGGGGAGAAGGAAGAACCUUCUCCCAUUCAGAAUGUAACACUGACAGCACCAGGGCAGCCAAAUCAAGAGAUGCCCUUCCCGGCUUUAAAACGCCAAGAUAAGAACGCUUCUGCUUUCUACAACUCCUGCUUUGCUUGGAAUGCCUUCCGUCCCCCGUUUGGGUACAGACCGAUGUCUCCCACCGUGCUGGAGCACUCCAUUCAUCUGUACGGGAGCCCGAUCCUUCCUGCCGCAGAACUCCCUCUGGAUUACAGCAUGCAGUUCUCGCCCAACAUGGACACCUACCACUGUGUCAUAUGCAAUAAAAUCUUUUCUACCCCACAUGGCCUGGAGGUCCAUGUCCGAAGAUCCCACAGCGGCACCCGGCCUUUUGCUUGCAGCGUUUGUGGGAAAACGUUUGGGCACGCCGUCAGUCUGGAGCAACACACCAACAUCCAUUCUCAGGAGAAAAGCUUCGAGUGCAAAAUGUGCGGGAAGACGUUCAAGCGGUCAUCCACCUUGUCGACUCACCUGUUGAUCCAUUCGGACACCCGGCCGUACCCGUGCCAAUACUGCGGGAAACGGUUCCACCAGAAGUCAGACAUGAAGAAACACACCUACAUUCACACAGGGGAGAAGCCACACAAAUGCCAAGUCUGUGGGAAGGCCUUCAGCCAAAGCUCCAACCUCAUCACGCACAGCCGCAAGCACACCGGCUUCAAGCCAUUCAGCUGUGAGCUCUGCGGGAAGGGUUUUCAGCGCAAAGUGGACCUGCGGCGUCACCGGGAAAGCCAGCACAGCCUCAAGUGAAAGAGGAACCCCAUCUGGGAAUUAGCUGUGGCAGAGGGUCGGGAACGUUUAGCCCAAGAGCUAUAGACGGGCCUUGGCCCAGAUUGUAAAUCCUUCUUGCUCCACCCACUCUUUCUUCUGAUUCCACCUGCUUUGGGCCCUGGCUCCACCCACCGGUGAGAUGUAGAUGCCAGAUUGAAUCUAAAACCUUGCAAGCCCAUAAAAAGUAUUUUCCUGCCCGUUGAGUUAAGAAUGGUGGGAAAGCAAUAACAAGUCCUCCAAGAAAGAUGACUUUUUCCCCUCUGUUUCUCCCAAGAUUGGGAGAAAAGAGUAGCAAGGAUCUGAAUUUGUUUCCCAAAGUCCGAGAGAGGGAAAGGAAGAGGGCAAGAGCGUCUGGAUUUACUAUAUUUCUUUACGCUUUGUAGGCAAUAGUGCUCAGAUUACAUGACUAAAAUAAGAGGAAGUGUUGAGUAGAAGUAACUGGGCUCACAGGCGAGGAAAAUCUGUAAAACUAUCCAUAAAAAACAAAUCAGACACCAGGUUUCUGUUGUGGGAAACAAACGAUCUUAUGUUCGGGACAUUUCCAUCGCUAUCAAUGAUUUACAUGAUCCAUUGUGCUAAAGUGUCACGAUUUUGCCUCCGUGUUUGAAUCUGUGUUUCCUGAAAAAAAAAUACACGGGUUCCUUUUGAAGCUUCCUUCGCCCACCGAAUGUUGAAUCCCACGGCUGGGCAGAGAGAAACACCACUUUUCCCAUUUUCAUGGGAACGAGCCUCCCAAACCGAAAGUUGAAAAUAUGGUCUCCCCUGUUCGGAAGGAGACGUUACGCUGAAUUUUCUCCCGGUCUUGCUUUGCGUUCUGCCAAAGCUCAGAGAGGAAGCUACACGUAGAUUUACUCCCUCUUGAAAAUUACUCCGGGGCAAGGGGACUGGAAGCUUGUAGCCUCCUCUGUUUUAAAUCUCUCUGAACUGAAAUAGGACAUUUUGGAAUGGAUAAACCUAAGCUUGCCCUGAUUCACUUUUAUUCCCUAUUCUGGCUUAGCAGCUACAAGGGGGAUGACUCUUACUGUUCUUAAUGGCUGUGUUCACACAGUCAGUUAGUGCAGGACCUUGUGAUUUCUUGUGCAGAACAUGGUUAGUGUUACCUGGUCUGGUCUGGGGUGGGGACAUGCUUUUGGAUUAAACCCAGUCUGUCUGGUUAAUUUUGAACUCCGUACCUGAUGUAAACCCAGAGCACAGAUUAACCUGGCGAUUAUCAUUCGCCCUGCAGUGUUUUUAUAUUCCUAGUUUGGGACUGAAAUGAUCAGUGGCCCCAGAAGCAAGGUCAGAUGCUGGCUAGCUCUUGGAUGGGAGACCACCAGGAGAUCCCCAGGCUGUCAACUAGACCAGGAAAUCAAGCCGACUUCCAGAAACAAGGCAAAGGCUUCCGUAUUGCUGCCGAAAAAGCAAUGUGGACAUAUCCAGAAAGUUAUCAGGCUAUUUGCAGGGCUUAGGGAAGUCUGUACAUUUUUAUGAUUUGCUGCUCAUCACCCAGAGUCUCUCUGAUUGGGGCAGCAUACAAAUAAUUUUUUAAAAAAGGGCUUAUUUUACAGCAAUCUCACAGGGAUCGUCCGUGUCGCUCAUAAAGUUCCUAAACGCCACGGGGCCAUCCCAAAACACAAUCCUUUCUGUCAUCAUCUUUUUUCCAUUUCAAUAGACCUGAUUGAGGAGAAACCAUUUAUAUGUUGGUCAAACUGCCUCUGAAUUUACAUUCCAAGCAGCAUGGAAUAGAUGCGGGUUCUAUAUCUUCCAUAAAGGACAAGGGAAUGAGAAGAAGACUCCAUUAUUCCUCUUUUGUUAUUAAAGUAACACGCCCAUUCAUUCCCAGGCUCUUGUUUUCUGCACUCUUAUGAUUUUAAGCUCCAUUUUGUGAAUAGCCCCCUAAAGCCUUGGCUGUUAGAGAGGCUUGGAAA